AUGGCGCAGAAAUCUAUCUCAUUUCCGGUCUUUGCCAUCCUUAUCUUUGCUUACUUAUCCCUUCUUGCAUGUGCAAGUCCCAUCCCUAUCAUUCUUCCACCCAGUGAGGGCAUCACUCUUUUCAAGGAUGUCAUUGCGCGUGAUGUUUUGCUCGAGGUUAACAUAUUGAGACGCGAGCCUGCUCUACUUUUGGAACUGCAUGAAGCCCCCGCUGUCUUGGUGCGAGACGAAGACGCAGGACUUAUCGCAGAAGCCUCCAUACCCGUCAAUGAUCCUGGCGAUGCUCUGGAAGCACGUAUAUGUCGUUAUGGAUGCCUUUGA